AUGGCCAUGGCGCUCUCAGAUGGCGUUCAGACCAAUGGCGAAAACAGGCGAAAAAUGCUGCGACGAUUCUUGGUUCGCAAGAAUAAAAGGGACACCAUCAAAGGUACAAACGAGUUAAGAUAAAAUGAUUUGACCCGAGGUGUGAAGGAAUUCAAAUUUGCCUUGAUUACAUUUUCAAUUAUGUUGUGGUUUAAAGCUGACUCAUUGCAUUUGAUGCCGAUAAUGUUUCAAUUUCUGACUCGCGGAUUUCGAUUUAAAAAAUUUCGUUUUCCUAAGGAACGACUAUCUGUAGAAGAGAAAACCGUUGAGUUAAGCUCAGCUGUACUUGCUUAUUUAAAUCUCUUUCACUGCUCGAAUGCCUUGGUUUUUCUAUUAAUAAGUGUAGCGAAGAAAAUGUGUCAUAGAACGCCAAAAUUAUUUUUAUACAGGGGAAUUGGAAGAUGAUUGCCUAUAGUUGGUACUCAGUUAGUGGCCGGUCAUCUUAGAGUUCAUCAAAAUCAUGGCAUGAGUAACAUUCCAUUUCAAUCACGAAUUGUGUGACAUUAGGUUUUUUUCAUCUGAUGAUACAAUAGCAGUAGCCUUAAGUGCUGGCACAAAGUCGUUCAAACCUAAUUCAGCGUAAAGAAAUAAGGAUUAAACAAAUCCCUCCCAAUUUUUGGAGGCGAUAGCAUUGUAAAUCGGGGCCGGACAAAGUAAUACACAGAGGGAAUAUAAGCGACAAAACCACAUCCAUUCAUUAUGUUCAGACUUUGUGGCGGUAGAAGCAAAACAAAUACUUGAUUUGAAUAAAAUCUGAAUAGUAGUUCUCACGUGACAAGAGAUAGAUCUGUUUAAGGAAUCCACCGUUCCGUUAAGUAAAUCUUGUUAAAUUCGACCAAACCUUUACCGACUGGGACAUUGGGGAUGUUUUGGUAUUUCACGUCACAUUCUUACAGGAUUGCAGCGAAGAUUGUUUGAACAGAAUGUUGUCCAUUUCGCGCGCCAGUCAUGCGUGAAAUUACGAGUAAGUAAAAAAUUCGCUCGUAAAUCAAUCUCUCAGUGUAAAAUCCGACCGCUAUUAGAAUGUGCAGUUCUCCUCAACUUAACAAUCAAAUAAGGAUCUCAGUCGGUCACCGGUGACAAAGGCAGGUCUGGUUCCAUUGUGUGCUUUAAGUGUCGAUCGCUUUAGCUAUAUUGUUUUAUGCUGUAUUAAUUGUUUUCGAGGACAUGUAGGUUUCAAGAUCAAGAUUUGCAGUGUACAUAUUUUACUUUACAUAUUUCCUCAUUAAUCGACGACAAGAUGUGGUGUUUGUUUGCAUGUCAAAGGUCUUUGAAGGUGUGUUCGUGCAAGGCACGUUUACUUCAAGGGCGGUAAAAAGAACGAUCUGCAAGAGAGAUGGCCAUGUGGACGAAGAAAAUUACAGUGAAGCAAAUCGAAUUCUUAAUUGACACAAGCUAGUUGGUCACUCCGCUAUCUUCUCUUUCAUCGAAAUAAAUGAUUAAAAAAACUAGCCACCUAUUUAAGUUUUCGAUCACAAUGAAGUGUGGAAAUCAGCCAGAGAUUUGUGUGACACACCAGAUGGAAAGCCAUGCUCGAAGUACUCUCCUUUGACUCCUGGCAUAAUAAAACCCGCAUGUUAGAGCUGAAAAAUGCCUUAUGCCACGGCUGAAUGACGUAACUUACUUUCUAACGAAGAAGAUGAUUUGGCUGAAUGUUGAUUUUAAGCUUGUAUGUUACAUUAGCCAAAACGUAACGACAGAAGUGUUGUUAGCUAGCUUGUAAUUUUGCUGAACUAUACUUGUAUUUCUGCAAUACCGGAAGCCACCUAGUGCGAACUCUAACCGAGCAAUAAUAUUUGUAUAUUUUGUAUUCUUUCAAUAUCUUGUCUUCCCUAAAUAAUAUCUUUAUCGCAAUUUCAACAAAAGGGGUUUAUCUCGCAUGCCUUAAUUUUUCAAGUUCCUUUAAUUCUUCAAAAAGGUAAAAGAUUCACUACUUUCCCUAAGAAUUUUUUUUUUCUGAUUCAUACCUCAUAAAUAAUUAACGUUGAAUGACUGAAGGCCUUGUUGAAGGUUUUCCUUCAUGUUAAAACUAGUUUAGCCUUCUGGUGUAGUUUAAAGUGUUGAUAAUGUAAACAAUUUUUAGCUGUGUUUAUAAACAUUUCUCCUGUUUCCAUACUUGUGUGUCAGUGUGCUCCUACUAACAAAGAUCACUAAAAAUAUUCAUCCUGUGAUUAAUGUACCCAGCGGUAUAUAUUAUCAUCUGGUCUAAUGGAAUGGCAGUAACAAUUAUUUUCCACAAAACAAUUUUUGGACUUCUUUAAAUUUAAGUGUUUCCACUCUAGGUAAUAUGUUCCAAUCUUUUCCCAAUUUUAGUGGCUGUUACAAUCACUGCAGAAAAAACAUAUUUGAUGCUUCAUUGUACAAUGAAAAUUUGAUGCUCUCAGCAAUAAAACAUUGCCAAAUGUAAACAGGUGUUACCCUUGACAGAAAAAUGUUCUUGUGACUAAUACCUUGGCUUUACUAGAAAUAUUGCAAAGUGUAAUAAUUUUUUUUAGAUGGAAACUUAUUUAGGAGUUUGACAAUACCCUUUCCUUCCUUACAGUCCAAAUUACUACAAGUUGUGAUGUAUAUUGUGCUUGUUUUUGAAACUAAUUCUUUGCAUUCUCAGAACUAGAGGCCCUUGAGGCAUGUUACUGGCUAAAAGCAGCUGGAUUUCCACAAUAUGCACAGGCUUAUGAAGGUACAAAUACAUUUUAAUUCUAGUUGACAUUUUCAACAACAUGAGUUACCAUCUUUGGUUAAGAAGCAGCAAACUGCCUCUUUCAAUUGCAUAGCCAAACAUGAGGAGCUUGAGGUUUAAGCGUAGACAAGGAGCCACAGAAACUUAAAAUAUUCUCUCCUGCAAUUGUGCAUGUUAUGUUAAAUUUGCCAGCAUCUUCUCCCUUAGUAUACAGUGAAACAGUUUUGACGAGUUGAUCCUUCUCAAGAAGAAAGAAAACGAAAGGAAAGAAGUUGAAUGAGAUUAAUUUCAAACUAAUUUAGACUUUAACUCACUUAAUUCCUAAUGAUCACUACCCAACUGGUUUUCUUGAAUAUGUCUGUUAAUGUCCCACUAUCUAUUUCCAUAUUGUAUGGAUCUGGCCCCAGUUGUUCCAAGGUUGGAUAACGCUAUCCACUUAAUUGCUAUUGUGUGGAUAGUACAUUUCCUUCACAGUUAUUCACUGGAUAGUGAUUUAUCUGUUGGAUAGCAUCAUCCACUCUUUGAACAACUGGGUCCUGAGUGACAUGUUUGUUGGACCUACUUUUCCAUUAUCUAAAUCAUCUUCAACAGCACCUUAUCCUAAGUACAUGGCACACCUGUUGAAAUUCAAUACCAAUGUAGGUCAUAAGUCUAUCUUUGCAAAUUUAGAUGGAAAGUUUCCCAUUGACACAGCAUCUGUCAUUAAAGAACAUCACUUCCUGGAUCAAGAUUCUAUUCAAUCUUUGUACAGGUAAUGAUUUUAAAACUUAUCAACACUUGGUAAUCAAGAGGGCAUGAUUACUUGAUGCUUAUUGAGCCUUUUGCUGUUUGCAGCAACAAUUUAUUGAUUGCAAUUUAACUGAAUGAAGCCAUGCUACGCUAACUGUAUUUUGAGAAUAAAAUGUUCUUUGAAUCGAUCGGUCAGUUACGUUUGUUUUGACAUUUGUGGCAGCAUUGAAAGGGCUUCACCACAGGAACAUCAUGCACGAUUGCAAUUCCCCCAAAAAAUUUAACCCUUUAUGUGAUAAAAAAAGUACUUGUAAGUGCCCUCAGGCAAUUAAGGAUUAAUUUCAUGCGUAUUUUUCAAGUUUUCCCAAAAUUGCCCUUGUCCCUUUGAGUGCACUUUGGGUUUUAUUUAGAAGAACACAACCUAAUCUAGUAAUAUUGUCUAUUUAACUCAUCAGGCGUCUUCAAACACUCAAUCGAUGUGCAAAAAUGAACCUCCACAUCAAGGUACUGAAAAUAGCUACUCAUGUCUUUCCUGCUCUGCUGCAUUUUUUUAAGCCCUGAAAGCAGAGGUGACUGCAAAUUAAUUUUGUCUUAACAGAAUGAUGGAGGUUACGAUUCUGAUGAAGAAGACUUGAUUGCAUUAAGUUCACGCUGGAAACUACAAAAUAAGAAUAGACGGUGGUCAAGUCGAAGAAAUGGUUCCCCUUCACUCAGCAAGGGAAAGGGUCCAGCUGGCUUAAGUAGCUCACAUAAUGGAAUAAACUCAUCUUUGAACAGUGUAUCAAACACAAGGCAAAGGUCGUUUCACAAGAAAGGCAGACUUGCACCUGAGCAUUUGUCACCCAUAACACACUUGGAUUUAUGUAUAGCACAAGGGAGGAAAAGUGUAUAUGACAAUCUGUCUUCAACAUUAAGUGCCAGUACACCAUCAAUAUCAAAUGUUGGUAAAGACCUCAACAGGAAUGAUCAACUAAGAAACUCAGGCAGAACUCAAAAAAGAAUCCUUACUAGUAGUGAUUUGGGUCUUGAAUCUUACAGUGCAUCAUCAAAUGAGGACCUCUCAGACUUUGAACGUGAUGAUGAAAUUGACGACUUGCCUGGGGAUUUGACAAUGUUAAAAUCAAUACGAAAUUCAGAGAGAAAAUGUAAAAAUGAUGUGGCUCCAUCGUCAACAGCAACAAGGCCUAAAGUACGAUGGCAUAGCUUUGAAAAGACUUCAAGACCUGAAAUACGUGUCAUGUAAGUGUUCCUAAUACAUAACUUCAUGGAACAUAAUUAAAGAAGAAUUUAUAAAUGUAAUAUUGGCUGGUUUCAGGUGUAACUAGUGCCUGAAAUGUUUCUCUUUUAAUGAGAAAAAUAGUUUGUCAAAUUGUCUUAAAGUCUCUUUUAAUUACUGCAUUGACCUGUGGAGAUCAUGUCUUUCUCUGUUAAUGAUCUCCACAUAACUGAGUCUGAGCCUAGGAAACAGGAGGGAAGGGAUGGCACAGUGCCAUCACAUGUGGGUAGAGAUCCUAGUUUGUACUUUUCCUUGCUUCAAGGGUUUUUCUUUGAGUCCUCCAGGCAGCAGGAAAGAAGAGCCACUUCCUGAGGUUUCCAUUGCUAAAUUUCCAUUAUUAUUAUUACCAUGACAUAAAAGAUAUGAAAGUUGUCAAGACUGUUAGGUAGCUUCAUCACUUCUAUUGUUUGUCUUGGUAAUGACUUAUUUCAUUAUUUUUGCCUUUAUUAUCACAAAUGCAGGUCUCCAAAGAUCUGUGACCUUACAGCAGGACAGCUAGCCGUUCUUAGAAAAUACUCACUUUUGAAACUAACAGCACUAAUGGAAAGACAUACUCACUCACACAGAGGAAUGUGGAAUUGGUAAGGAAGCUUUUUAGACAAGUUGAAUGGAAAAAUGCUACUGGCAUCCUUCAAUCCUCAUAAAUUUCAUUGGACAUCUACUUGAUGGAGAGAGAUAAUUUGUUUAUUUUUUGGUGAUUUUUCUCCUCUUUCAGGUCAUUUCCCCAUUUCUUAAAGAAGCUCAAGUCACCAGAUUAUAGAGGUACUUGUCAUAUAGUGUUUUACCCAGAAUACAUAUCCAAUUCAAAUUGCUAACAGACCAUCCUAAAUUACCCAUUGGGUAAUUUACUGCUGCUGAAAGUUUUGUAUUUCAUAGUAUGUGAGACAACAGUUAAAUAACUGGUGAUGUAUUACAUGCGAAAGGCCUUAUGUGCCUCAAAAUAGGAACCAGCUAACUCAAUAAAUUUACAACCUCAACUAUUCCCUCUUUUGACUUUUUCAGACAGGAAUGUGUUUGGCGUUCCCCUCUCAGUUGUACUUCAGCGCUCUGGUCAACCUCUUCCACAAUCUAUUCUCUUUGCAAUCAACUAUCUACAAAGAUCAGGUAAGAAAUCUAAGACUUGUGUUACAUUCUAUUUCCAAGUUUUGCCUUUAUAUGUGGACUGCAGCAUGUCAUAAACUUUACAUGUGGAACCUGUGUAAGAUCUUGUGGUUACUUGCACAAGCCUUUAAGGGAUUAGCAAAAUUAAUUGUCAAAUCAGGACAGAACAACUACUUUCUGGCCUUAAGAGAAAUUUAAAAGUCAUUAGUUUGAUAAUUUAACAUAGAAUUUGUGUUUGACAUAACAUUUUGACAUUUAAUUCCUUUUCACAGCUGUGGAUGCUGUUGGCAUAUUCAGAAAAUCAGGUGGUAAACAGAGAAUAAAUCACCUGAAGGAAAUGAUUGAAGGAGAUCCAGGUAUAACUAAGCUACAAGAGUAGAUUUUUUCUUCUUAUGAAAAGGAGUACAUUAUUUUAGGAUAGUCAUGUGAAUAAUGUCCACUUGCAUGAGUAACAGUGCAGUUUUUUUCCCAUAUUUAUGCAAUAACUCAUUAGAAGUGAGCAAGCCCUGAUUCACUUAACAUGGGGACUGAUAGCUUGAAGUGCUGAUCAGGCCACGAGACAUUUCUUUCUCAUGCACGGGGUAAAAAAUGUAGAGGACCUGUAGCUUACCCAAUUAUAACUUACAAUGAAUGAUAACGUAAUCAUUUGUUGUUGUUCUGAUACAGAUAAUACUGACUUUGAGGGCUUGUCACCAUAUGACAUGGCAGACAUGUUGAAGCAGUAUUUUAGAGAACUUCCAGAACCCAUCUUGACAUCUAAACUGGCUGAAACAUUCAUAACAAUUUUCUCAAGUAAGCAGAUGAUUGAUGACCAUUUUGACUAGUUUAUGAUAAGCACUGAUAUCAAAUGGUAUUUCAUAUGAAAAAUGCUGUACUUCAACAAACAGUUAGAUAAACAAAAAAUUCUCAAAUGAGAAAUUCAUGAUGUUAAAUGAGAUUUUAUGUGCAAAACAGAGUUUUCAAGUAUAUUAAUUAUGUUGGAUUGUUAAGUUCCAUAUCAGUUGAAGUGAUUACAUGCAAUAUCACACGAGAGGUAAUAUUUGUGAAAGGAGAAUUCAUGCACACUUAAGUCAGAUGCAUUAAUCUUGUCCAUUUUUUCCCCCCUUUAAAGGCAUUCCCCCUGAAUCAAGAAUGGAAGCAAUGCAGGCUGCCAUUCUCCUCAUGCCUGACCCAAACAGAGAAGCACUCCAGACAUUAUUGUUGUUCUUAAAUGAGGUGGCUGCCAAUUCUGAAACAAAUCAAGUAAGAUUUAUGACAAGAAUUGAUGUGUAAUCUUUGUUUGAGAGAACCAAUCACAAAGUGAAGAUAAAAUUACCACUUAUCAGGCAUAUUAUGCUACAUACAUUGGUGCGAUCUUUAUCAGAUCAUCAAUCAUUUUUGUGACUCAAUGCUACUAUAUCCAAUUCUCAAAGAAAUAUUAAUCGUCUUUGAUACCAAAUUCAGAUGUUCGUCGCUCCUCAGCACUAAAUAGUUGGUUGGAUCGAGCAGUGUCUAAAAAAAUAGAUUAUUUCCCUUUUAGAUGAAUGAGAAGAAUCUUGGAGUAUGCUUUGCUCCUUCUCUGUUCCACUUGUGCGGUACAAAGGAAGAUCCGUCUUCUCCAAAGCGACAGAAGCGAACACCUAUGAACAAGGCUUCAAAGGAACUCACUGAUAAUCUGGUGAGUGCUCCUCUCUUGCUUAUUAGCAAUGUAACUUCAUUAGGUUUUAAAGGCAACCAGUGAAAAUAGGUAUAAACAAUUUCCCAACUUAGUUCACUUACUUAGUUUGAAUGCAAUUCUCGAGACGUCUUUGCUGGGAAAAUUUUGGGACUCGAUUAGAGCUAAGUCGUGCGUAUGAGGUUAGAAAAAUAUAAACAGCGCAUCUAGUUGAACCCAAAUCCUAACUUUAGCGAUCUGCUCUUCUGAUUUUCCGCGAAAAGAUGAUAUAAAAUUAACAUGUUGCUGCUAAAUCUCACCAUUACAGGCCGCCCAUGAGUGUUUAGCUAAGAUGAUUACAGAAGUGGAUAAGCUCUUCUCGGUAAGUUCCAUUCCCGUUAGAGUAAUUUUCAAAUCCUUGAGAGCAAUUCUUGACAACAUUACUUUCUUUUAUUAAAAAACUUAAAUGACUUACCUAACGAAAACUUGAUGUUAUCGUUAUUUGUGUCACAGAUUCCGGAAGACACGGUGAAGAACAGUCGGUUUUCGUAUAUCGAGCAAGGCGAACCUGUUUCUCUAGGAAAACUUGGAAAGAGUAAAUCCAGUCCUGAAAGUGAUUAUCAGACGUACAUCGAAUCUUGUAUCGCUGGAUUACUUAAGGUAAACACAUUUCUUUUAAUGUAUGUGUCAAGGGCCUAUGAAGUGCAAUUUAAGUCCCUCCAGUACAUAUUCACCUUUCCCGCCCUUUACUGCUGCGCGUGUCCAAGAUUACUUCUGAUUGGCUUAUUCAAUUUUAUCGAGUGCUAAUUGGGUAAUUUUCAUCUUGCUGGCCUUUGCUUAAAACUUUGUGGAAUGAUGCAACUUCUUCUCAAUAAUUUAAACGUUUUCAUAGUUGUUAGAAAAAAGUUGUGUUGGAGAAAAAUCAUCCGCUUAUUAAUCAGUCUCGUCUUUUCCACUUUCAGGAAGCAAAAGACAAAUUUAAAGGGUGGGUGUCUCACCCGUGGUACGACAGCUCAGUAGAGAUCUCUUACAAGAAAGUGAAAGAUGGUUACCCUCUCCGAUUGUGGAGAUGCGUUGUGGAAGUCAAUGCCAAGCCAGAGGAUAUCAUAAGAAGAAUUCUCUACGAAAGGUAUAAAGAAAGACUUAUUGUUUGAUUCAUUGCUGCAACGCGCCAUGGUGCCCUAACUGGAAAAGCUUAAUUUUCAGCUAUUUUGCUAUAUAGCUCUAAUUGUUUGCAGUUUUGUGCACCUUAAAAGUUUGGAAAUUUUCAUGAUAGUGUAAGGUACUUGUGUACAACAACGAACUACGGAUGUUGGAGGUUACAGUGCAAGAUGAUCUGAUAAUGCGUAAAUUUGUAAUUUAUUUAAAUUAACUUCUAAAUAUUUAAUUGCUAGACCAGUGUGAUACGGGCUUUGACCGCACAAAGAUACCCAUGAGCUUGAGAGUGGUCUAACUAAGUAAUUUUUUUUCCACAAGGCAUCUUUAGUUUUUUAUGUUUCAUCAUCCUCUCCCCGCUUUGUCAACACUGUGCAAUUCAACCAGACUUCCUAAUUGAAAGUAAUAAGUCCCUUUUGCUCUCUAACCGAUGGUGGCGUCUCUUCUUUCAAGGCAUCUCUGGGACGAAGACUUGGAAACUUGGGAUAUGGUGGAGAAAAUUGACGAUCACACAGAUGUGUUCUUUUACACCACCAAGUCUAUGAUCCUUCAACCAAAACGACAACACGUAGUGCUAAGGUAAAUGGCUUAUUGAAACCUUUUUUUAUAAUCCAGCUGAUAAUCUAGAACCUACUGACAAUGAACAAGUACGUGCAUGUGCUGAGAAACGUUUUCUCAUGCAAAUGACAUCAAGCUGUUUUAAUUUACUCCUCAGUACCCGGCUCUUUUGUAAUCUCCCUCCACUAAACUUGAAGUUUGACUGAGAAAAAUAAACAAAUAUUGGUCGAUUGACAUGUCACCUUUUGAGCCGUUUCUGUAUAUGAAAUAGGGCUACAAAGAAUCAGCACAAUAACGUAAAACCCGGAGGGCUCUUGCGUAACCUUAACAUGUUUUUACGUCUCUAUGAGAAACUAUCGAUCUUAUCUCGCACUGAAGCUUUACUUGUCGAAACACUUGUAUUCAUUCAAAAUAGCAUUUCUUUCUCUAUCUCUUUGAGGAAGAAGCAGGAUAACAAGGUUCUUGUACAAUUGACAAAGGCAACUUUUAGUUUAGGAAGUACAGCUAAAGCUUAUCUCAUGUUGCAUCUCUUCGAACUACAUUAAAGUGUACUCUCCUUUUUUUUAUCUAAGGGCAUGGACGGACCUCGAUAAGGGUGUUUGUGCACUGGUCUCCACAUCUAUCAAUCAUCCACGGGCCCCUCCUAGCAAUGGAGUACCUUCAAUUGUAUUGGCGUCAAGAUAUCUAGUGGAGCCUCUAGAGAAUGGCAAAUCACGACUAACUUACAUAAGCCGAGUAGACCAGAGGUGAGGACUAUCUCAGUUCUGCAAGGGACCUGGGAAGGGGAAAUGAGGUCUCAGACUUGCCCGUUUUUGUACUGGGAAAUUAAAAUUUGGGUCACUGGGACUUGGAAUUACAAAAUUAGGGAAAUAUACCCUCUUGGCAGACAAAAUAGGCUGGCAAUUGUAGAUUGGGAAUUAUGAUUUAUACCCAAACCUCCCACUUUCGCCCUUUAGAACAAUACUCUUUUACAAAAUGUAAAAAGGAACACAUACAUUUUAAACUAUUCGUAAGAUCCUACUUCCAACUUUCUCGUAUUCGUUGGUUCGACUUAGAAAUGAGCUGCUGAAAUGUUAAUAUAUCGUACAAUGGUGUCAUUGUCCGUUGUAAAGUGACCUUGGGCAAGUUUCCUGUAUUCUUAUGCCCUACUGAGUUCGAACAAAAAGUCGCAGAAAUCUUUAUCAACUCGUAAAUCAUUGAAUAAAAUUCACCCAUAGAAUCUGGCUGACUACCUGGGCGGCGUCUUUUGUUAAUUACACUCCGACGGAUAAGUUAGACACAGCCUUCCUGACGUUAAAUUGACAAAUUCACGCGUUUCCAACGAGUUCGAAUCGGUGAAGGAAACAUCUUGGAAUAUCUCUUUAAUCUUCUUAUUUUUCGGAUGGAUUCUUAUCAACCACUCCCUUUCCUCCAACAUGCUAAAACCCACGUUGGAAGAGGAUGAAAGUUAUUCUUAUAAUUAGAUUCUUGGAGAAUGUUCUUCGCCUUAAUUUUUACUUAAUGCUCAUUAGAUCUCAAUGGAUAAAAUAUUCGCUGCUCGUAAUCUUUUCCUUGCAAAGGCUUUUCUUCUCCCUCAAAUGUGUGUGGGCCAGAACAUAAAUUCAUGAAGUCAAAAUUUUAAUUACUUAUUCUUAUUCAGGGGUAGAACUCCAGAGUACUACAGCAAAGCCAUCGGACCAUUUUUAGCUUCGUUAGUGGCCAAAGUACGGAACACUUUCCAAUACGGAUCAGAGGGCCCGGAAACCAAAGUAUAGCAAACCUCGUGUCUACCAAAGUACUAAAGGAACGUGGAGUGCCAUUGCCAUAGAUACUACCAACUGUGGCGCAGAAUUUAUGCUCUUGGUGACAGAAGAAUGGAAGAAAAAAAAUUGAGUUCGUUGCAAAAUUAUUUCUGUAGUUACCUUGAAGACAUGGGUAAAUGCUUGUGAAGGUUGUAUGUGUGCCUAGCAAGUGUCCCUUGGUUAUCACGCAACACUUUUACCCACGUAACAUUGCGUAGCGUUAUGCCUAAGUCUUCGGACACUUAACAAAGGAUCAUAUUAACGAACAAAAGGACCUAUUCUCUGGGAGA